AUGUCAGCACGAACAAAUCCACCGCAAGAAGUACAACCACCACCUCCCUCCGAAACAACAAGUCAUUCUGAUCGAGUUUCUUCCAUCAUUCUACCUGCAUGGAUGAUUGGAAAUCGAUAUGGACUGUCAUCCAGCUCUUCACAUGCACUACGGACCAGAAGAAAGAAACGACCAUCUUCUCACACAGCCAAGCACAAUAAUGGUGAAGAAGAAUCACAUCGAAAUGUUGAUUCCAACACCUCCUCCAAUAGAAAACACAAGCAACCAGUCAAACAAUUGACAUGCGAAAAUUGUAAAACUGUGGAAACACCUGUAUGGCGAAAGGGAUCGAAUGGUGAACCACUGUGUAACAAAUGUGGUCUCUAUGAGUUGAGACAUGGCAGAAGUAGGCUUUUGGAGUUUGAUUCUAUUCGAGAAUUUAGAAAGAGAAAACAAGAGAGUGAAUGUGACCACACAUGUCACACAUUUAAGAGUGCCUCAUCCAUGCGUAGUGGUGGAGAUCCUCACAGUGAGCAUCUUGAGUGCAUGCCAACCUCACAGAAAAAGACUAAAUACCAAAGUGUCACCAAUGUCCCCAUGUUAACAACAAGAAACUCUCCAAAAGAUCAAGUUCCUUCCUCUGUGAACAACAAUAAUUAUGGCAACGGUGACUCUUGUUCGACGGUUAGUUUCGAAAGUCAGUCCCUGCUUCGAUUAAAACAACAAUUAGAAGAGGCAAUCCAGAAAUAUCCAGAGGUUGUGUGUACCUUGAUUUCACUCGUUCAAAAGCAUGUGUUGCCUCAAUAUCUCUCAAAACAUGUAGAUCAACAACAACAAGUCUCAACAACAACAACAACAAACACUCUCCAUAGUAAUGCUCUCCAUCCAUCCUCGACAACAUCCUUUCUGCAUGCUUCAAGUUUAGAUCCUCUCGUGAACCAUUCGAAUGUUCUCAACCUCUCCACUAGUUUGACAAGUGAUGAUAGACAGAGUGACAGGGGCCUAUUUUCUCCCAUUGUUGUUGACCUCACUCAUUGUUCUUCCACUUCUGAGAGCAGCAGCUAUCAUUCAGGACAUUCCAGCACUCUUGAAAGUAAUGACGAGGAGGAGGAGAACGAUGAAACAUCUUGGGACUUUUCUCUAGAGUUUUCUGAUGAUUGUGAAACCAAUGACUCUCUUUAG